GUAUAAUCUAGUGGACGGAACGCUUCUUUCAACAGCAGCAACAGUUAGUCAGACACCUCGGUAGCUUGAUAGACAAAAUAGACGCACUAAUAAAGAUCUUUAGACGCUUUCGUGUAUAUUAGCCACUGUGUUUUAAACACACUUAUAUCGUCUAGUUAGUUAUCCAAUUAAAUUUUAUCCCAUUUAAUUUCAUAUUUACGGUGUUGUUAUUAUUAGUCAGCUAGCGGGCUGGUUCAGUUAGCAUUAGCCUAGCUAUCUAACAUCCCCGACCAUGAGUUCACUAAGCUGCUCUCCUCCUGCUGAAGAAGAGGAGGUCUGCUGGACGGAGAAAGAGGGUCUGUGGCUGAACAUUGUUGUGAAAGAGGAGAAGAAAGAUGAGGAUGUCACAGUGAAAGAAGAGAAAGACGUUACAUUGACAGAAGAUGAAGACUCGUUCAGAGUGAAAGAGGAAGAGGAUGUUACAGUAAAAGAAGAGGAAGAGAAAGAGGAGGAUGCCGUUUUUGAUGUGAAAGAGGAGGAGGGAGAGAUGACUGUCACAUCGAAAAAGGAGGAGGAAGAAGAGGAGGAAACUGAAUAUCUGGGCCCGGUUUCCCAAACGCAUCUUAAGGCAUCCAAUGGUUCUAAUGAUGAACUCAACCGUAAGAUGGUUUUGAGAAACCGUUCCCUGAUUAACACUAGAGAGAGACGUGACUAUUGUGGAUCCUCUGGGGAGCCUCAACAACAGCAUGAUGCUGAAGAGACAGAGAAGAGUCUCUCCACAUCAGAACACCUCAAACACCAGCGGAGACCCACAGGGAAGAAAUCUCACCGCUGCUCUGACUGUGGGAAGAGAUUCCCCUCUUCAGCUGACCUUAAAAGACAUCUGAGAAUCCAUACGGGAGAGAAACCUAAUAGCUGUAAUCAAUGUGGGAAGAGUUUUAGUGUUACAAGCAGCCUGAAAGCACACCAGAAAACACACACAGGGGAGAAACCUUAUAGCUGUGAUCAAUGUGGGAAGAGAUUUGUUACAUCUAGCAGUCUGACUAUACACCAGAGAAUACACACUGGUGAGAAACCUUAUAGCUGUGAUCGAUGUGGGAAACGUUUUAAUGUUCCAAGCAGCCUGAAAACACAUCAGAGAACACACACAGGAGAUAGACCUUAUAGCUGUAGUCAAUGUGGGAAGAGUUUUACUUCAUCUAGCCAGUUGACUAUUCACGAGAGAACACACACAGGAGAGAAACCUUAUAGCUGUAGUCAAUGUGAAAAGAGGUUUACUCACUCAAGCAACUUGAUGGUACAUUUGAGAACGCACACAGGAGAGAAACCUUAUAGCUGUGAUCAAUGUGGGAAGAGUUUUGUUACAUCUAGCUGUCUGACUAUGCACCAGCGGACACACACAGGAGAGAAACCUUUUUGCUGUGAUCAAUGUGGGAAGAGUUUCACUCAGGCAAAUAUCCUGAUAGCACACCGGAGAACACACACAGGAGAGAAACCUCAUAGCUGUGAUCAAUGUGGGAAGAGUUACUCUGGUAAAAGAUCUCUGAUAAAACAUCAGAAAGUACAUACAUGAAGGAGUUGUUUCAUGAUAUCAAUGAAAUGAUGUCACAAUGUAGAAUGUUUUAACAUUGUAGUAGGAGUGUUCUAAUGAUGUUACAAUGUAGAAUGUUGUAACAUUGUAGUAGGAGUAUUCUAAUGAUGUCACAAUGUAGAACCCUAAACGUUUGUCCCCUGUUCUAUUGAUUUCAGCAUGAUAUGAAUAUUAGCCUCAUCAGGGGAAAAAUUCAGGGUCUGAAAUGAAAGAGUACUAUUUAUGUGAUUAACAUCGUGUUGUGUUAGACUUACCUCGUCGGUGACCCACUUGAAUCAAAAUGCAACACUUCAAAAUGUAUCUAGCUGUUUUCUACAAAUUGUCCUCUAACCAGGGAUGUACUCAUUACUCCCAGAUUCCGUGUGGUUUUUGAGCUGUUAGUUUUAACAGGACGUGCAACCUCAUCUCUCUCCUCUCGCACAAAUGAUUUCAACUUGAUAUUUAUAUGAGUGAUGACAAAUAAGUGUUGUGUUCCUUUGCUUAGCGACCCAUAAAUUUAAAUGCAUCACUCCAACAUGUAGCUGACUGUCUUCUGCAGGUUGUCCUCUAACCAGUGAGGUAAAAGAUAUCUCCCAUUUCCAUGUGUUUUUUUAGUUGUGUUAGCAUCAAUAGCAUGUACAGCCUGAUUUCCCCCCUAAUAGAUAUAUCAGUGAUUUAUUGCC